AUGGCAGCAAUGCUCGGACCUGGCCAAGUGACGAUAGCAGACUGGAUGAUAUUGGCGAUGAGUCAAAUGAGCGGACAGACACAGGCGAACAAGGUCGGACAAGCUUUUGUGCAAAAAUUGCUCGAGAUUGGAGACAUUCAUACGGCCGCCUCCAUUCUCCUCGGAAUCGGUGAUUGCAACGAUGCAAUUGAGGUUUACGUCUCUCGAAAUCAUUUCAUGGAAGCUAUUCUCAUGACUUGUCUCCUGAUGCCUGCGGACUGGCAACGCCAAUCAUAUCUCGUUCGACGCUGGGGAGAAUACGUGGUAUCUCAUUCCCAGCAGCAGCUCGCCAUCCGCUGUUUCAUGUGCACUGGUGCUGAACCGACUGAACCAUGGACGUCACCAGCUGCUCAACAAGCUGCCUCUUUUGCGGAAAUGAUCCGAGGAAAGUCACCAUUGGCAUCUCCCGGGCCAACACAACCUCUCGGUGCAAGUCUCAUCCCACCGCCAAACCGGCCAAAGUCUGGAUCAGGCCAACGACCCGCUGGGAAGACUCCUGCGUUGAAACUCAUUACAUCCUUUGACCAUCAACCGAAUCAGCGUUUCCGAUUCCCUGGACUGAAGUCUGAUGAUCGCACACCCACCAAUGCUCCUGGUGUUACGCCAAUCGCAGAGUCUGCCGUUGCUGACUCGGCCUUGUCUCCUGGUGGCUUUGGAUCAUAUAAGCUCAACAACAUCCAGAGCCUGAGUCAGGCAAUGACUUCUCGAACAAAUACCCCCGCCUUCAAUCGUCGUCGCUUACCCUCUAUCGGAGAGACUCCAGUUGAUGUACAUCCGCCAGCAUUCUCACGAAACCACUCCUACAACACGAGUAAUUACGGUUCGACUUCGGAGAAUGACGAUGCGAGUGGGCAUGAGCAAAGCCAGGAUGAGAAACCCGCAGACAGCGGUUUGUUGACGCUGUCUUCGGCACGGUAUAAUCCAUCCCAGGAUAAUCUGUCCAUAAAACCCAGCCCUCAAACCGCCGUUCAAGCUGCCCCCGAUCAUUUCGCUUCCCUUAAGGGACUACCAUCCCCAGCACCAGGCUUUAUCGAAGCAUUAAGAGAGCAUUCUGAUAUCCGGAAUGGCUCACGGGAUCGAAAUCCAAACGGAUUGCAGAUUGACCUUGUGCAGACCGAAGAGGUUCCACUCAACUCUCAAGGACUCUUGCCUAGCGCGAAAAGCACGACUUCAACUCUGAACAGCUACACCUCAGCCAAGAGCCCCAGUGUGAGUGGCCGCAGUAUCGACCAGUAUAUCAGCAGUCUCGACGAGGCAAACUAUCACGCCAGAAAAUCAAAUGGCCGUCAUACACCUGGUCGCGGUCGACGGAAUACGGAUGAAACAAGUAGUCAACAGGGCACUCGCGUGCAUAAUUCCCGCGAGGUAUCUCAGGAAACUCGUGGCCGUAAUGAGAGGCGGUAUAUUCAGCCUGCUAAGCGAUCACCUUCGUCACCGGUACCCAUGUCACCCGAGGAAUUGGCUCGAUACCACAAUGGAGAAGCUGAAAAGCCGCGGGAACCACGCAAAAAGGGAUCUUCCCGCGCUAGAAGCGGAAGCAAGAUGAGAAAGGCCGGAUCGCGAAGCCGACAGCGUUCGUCCAGCCGGCACACGGCAAACCACCAUGGAGGAGAUAAAGCAGACCCAUCUUCUCGGGGCCGCAGUGUUGACCGUACAGGAUCUGCGGUCAGAUCACCGUCCUCGCCUUUGCCCAUGUCUCUGCCCACUCAAGGAGUUCCUGGUUCAGAUGAUGCAGAGGACCCGCUUCGACUUGUCUCUGGGGAUCGGGAGCGCCUGCGUUCCCGCCACCGUAGUGCUAGCCGUCGCCGGGCAGAGCGGGGAGCCAGUUCAAAGCGAGACGCAUCACCAGAUUCCAGACACAGGCCUUCUUACAGUGUGCCCGAGGUUCUACAGGUACCCGAGCCAGAGAUUGCCGUCCCUACUGGCGGGCUCGAGCAACUGAGUGCUAAGGUGUUUGGCCAAGAGAAUUUGUUCCUCAAUGGAAGCACCCAUAAACCAGAGCCGGUAUUUGAUGAUGCCCAAGAGAUGGUUUCUCCAACCACGCCUUUCGUUAGCCUGGCUGAAAAGAAGAGAAGAGAGCUUGCAGCUGCCGAACUUGAAGCUCGUCGUCUUUCUCUUGCUCGCAAUCCGUCUGCCCCGAAUAUCCCAUUCCCUGGCGAGCUACACUAUGCCCGAAGUCCUGUGGAAGGCCCUCCUCAGACCUCUGGAUCGUACUUCCCCCGGGCCCCGUCUCGAAACAAGAUUCCUCCCAGCAAGAACUCUCCAGAAUACCAGAGCAGCUCAGACUCGAGCUCUUCUCGUUCCGGUGUUCCUCUUGGGUUACCCGCGACGCCGAGAGCGAUGAGACACCCCAAGUACGGUGCCAAUGGACAUGAAGAAGAGCGACCUCCUUCGGUUCCGACUAUCCCAACGGAUUACUCGAACGGUCUCCUCCUCUCCGAUGACCGGUAUCAAGGCGAGGCCGAGAGAAUUGGGCGCUCAAUGUCCGUCCCUGUGGUAGAAGCCCAAGCUAACCACGCCUCCUUUCCAUCUGAUAUCCCCAUGCAUCCGAGAUUCAAUCCCAAUCUCCCACGCAGCCGCUCUAGCAGCCGCAGCCGAAACAUGGGCCACCGACGCACCAGUUCUGGGGGUUACGCCUCAGGUACAUCACCGCAUGUAACGAUUAGCAUCGAGGAGACAAUCGAGAAUGCCAUGCAACGAAGACCCUCAGGCGUAGGAGUUGAAAUGAUUCCACCUCCUCCACCACCACCCAUUCUCCCGGAACUGCAGCAUCUCAACACACCCCCACCUCCACCUCCAAUCCCGCUCUCUAACGAAGCAACCUCGCCCCGAGAGUCGUCUGCCACGAUCGAUAUCGCCAUUGACCACGUCAACAUGGGCCGCUUGCUUCCUCGCGCUAUGACAGCUGCGCCGGCCUUGAGUGGGCCUGAUACUCGCCAGAAUGCGACCCGGCGCAUGUCCUUCGAGCACCGGCGAAAUCGAAGCUCUAACGAGAGUUUCGCGAACAAGUUGCGCAGUCUGACUCGGAUGCGGAGCAAUAGUCGCAGCGUGGAGCCGUGGGGAAAUACUGAGGCUGAAUGGCCGUAUGAGCCUUUACCGGUGUCGAACGGUCAGAGCAAUGGUUUCUAA